AUGGCUAACUUUCUGGCUUUUCUGCAAGUUAAAUCAACCGGUUUUAGCUUAAAACUCAUCCAUCGUGAUUCUCCAGAUUCUCCUUUGUACCCCGGAGAACUUACCCAACUAGAAAGAUUUCAAAGACUGGCUGAAAGUUCUAAAUCUCGAGCUUACUAUCUGCACUGGCUAAGAAAAAUUGGAGAAGGAAAUUCAGCUGUUUUUCCUGAUAUUAUCCGUCCUCCAAUCACUCGUUUUACUUAUAUCUUCACAAUCAAUGCAAGCCUUGGUACCCCUAGCAGAAAAAGAUCCUUCAUUUUUGACACUGCUAGUGCCAUUGUAUGGACACAAUGCAUGCCUUGCACCUACUGUUUCCAACAGAAGUAUCCCCUUUUUGACCCCAAUACGUCUAGCACCUACAGAAAGAUUCUUUCUAAUCACAAGUUAUCUAAACACUUCAACUGUAGUAAAGGUGAGUGCACAUACAACAUAUGGUAUGGUAGUGGACAAUCGUCACAGGGGAUUGCCUCCAUGGAAACAUUUGCCUUUCAAUCCAGCAGAAAAGUCCUUGCAAGCAUAAGAGAGAUUGUUUUCGGUUGUGGUAAUAAAAACCAAGGCCAUUUUCCGAGCAAUACUUUGGUUACUGGCCUCAUGGGGAUGAAUAAAUCGCCUAUUUCUUUGGUCAGCCAAUUGGGCUCUCGGAUUAGGCAACGUUUCUCUUACUGCUUGCUUUCAUUUAACUCGUCCUACCAGAGCACAUUUCUAAGGUUUGGUAGUGACAUUGUGAGAAGGGUAAAUGUUCAAAGGACUCCUUUUAUCAACGGCAUACCCGAUAUGUAUGUAGUGAAUUUAAUGGAUAUUAGCGUUGGAGGGCGUCGUCUGGGAUUCAAAACGGGGACUUUUGGAAGAGGGUGUGUUAUUGAUUCAGGUUCUGCUGUCAGCCACAUUGAACUAGGAGCUUACAACUCUGUUGUAAAAGCAUUUAUCAGUCAUUUUGAACGAUUCAAUGUCACAAGAGUUAGUUUUGAACCAUUUCGGGGAGCUAUUUGCUUUAGAUUCCCCCAAGGUUUCAACAAUUUUCCAAGCAUGACAUUUCAUUUUCAAGGGGCCAAUCUUGAAGUGUCACUGGCAAGUUUGUUUCUGUUUAUAGGGAACCAACUGUGCUUGGCAAUAAUAGGGGAGAGAGGUAUCACAAUCUUGGGAGCACAUCAGCAACAGAAUGUUAGGUUCAUAUAUGAUCUUGACAAUGAGAAACUCUCUUUUGUUAAAGAGGACUGUUCAAAGGAUAAAGCUUGA